GAGUAAACAAACUUAUUGCUUGAAACACGCAGAAGUCAAAAAGGAAUUUCUGCGCAAUUGGUCAGAUUUAAAUAUUCCUGAGUAACUGGAUUCUUAUGUGAAGUCGGAUGAUACAUUAUCAUACAAAUAAACAAUUGCUGAUGUAUAGUCAGCGAUAAGGAUUUACUCGUUUUCCUCUCUAUACUGAUAACAUUACAGAAAAUUCUGACCUUGAUGUAAGUAGAAAUGGCUUCUAAAGGCAAAGUAGGAAUUGUUGGAAGUGGCUUCAUUGGAAGAGGAUGGGCAAUGCUGUUUGCCAGUGUAGGAUACAAUGUGGGCAUAUAUGAUGUUGAUCCUUCCAAGAUAGAUGAUGCUCUUGUUGAUAUCAAACAACAGUUGGAAAAAUUAGAAAAGACUGGUUAUUUACAUGGGAGACUGACAGCUGAUGAACAGUAUAAUCUUAUUUCAAAAUGCAAUAAUCUUUCUGACUGUGUUUCUGAAUCUAUCCAUGUGCAAGAGUGUGUAUUUGAGAAUAUUGACUUAAAAAGAAAAGUUUUCAAAGAUUUAGAUGAGGUUGCUUCAGAUAAGGUAGUGUUAUGCAGCUCAACAAGCUGCUUUCCAGCAUCAUCUUUUUCAGAAGAUCUUGUGCAUCGAGCUCAAGUUAUUGUAGGACAUCCUGUUAAUCCUCCAUAUUAUGUUCCAUUAGUCGAAAUAGUUCCUGCACCUUGGACUGAUCCAUCUAUUGUAACUAGAACAAAGGAUUUGAUGACAGAAAUUGGACAAAAACCAGUUAUAUUAAAAAAAGAAGUGCCUGGUUUUGCUUUAAAUCGCAUACAAUAUGCUCUAAUUAAUGAAUGCUGGCGUAUAGUUCAAGAUGACAUUAUGUCCUUAGAAGAUGUUGACACUUCGAUGUGUGAAGGCUUAGGAUUAAGAUAUGCUUUUAUUGGACCACUAGAAACGUGUCAUCUAAAUGCUGACGGCUUGUUAGAUUAUUGCAAGCGGUAUGGAGAAGGCAUUUAUAAGGUUUCCCAGACAUUUGGUCCUAAUCCAAAAAUGAAAGGAGAAGUAGCAGAACGUAUCCAUGAGAUGAUAUGCAAACUAUCUCCACUAGAAAAAUUAGCUGAACGUCGCAAAUGGAGAGAUGCUCGGCUUACUGCAUUGGCUAAAAUGAAAAGAAUUUUGGAUGAACAAGAUGCUUCAUAGCAAAGAUAAAAAUUAGGCCGUUUAUUUACUUGCAAUUUAUGAAGAUCAUCUACAUUUUAUAUGUUAAAUGUAUUGAUUUUCAGGUUACAAUAAAAGGAAAUAUAUUUUGCAUAAA